CAUCACCCGUUCUAGCUUUCCGUUAGUUCCUCUUCGUAGAGCCGCAUCAGCAGCAGCAGCAUCCGCGGCUCCCCCCGCAGAGGACACCGGGUACUGGAAGGACGCAGGCCCGGCGAAGGGAGAGGUCCUGGCCUGGGUGCGGAUCCCGAAAAGGCCCCGGGUCGGGUCCGCCGCUGGAUGGAGUCCGGCUGCGUUCAGACAGCAAUGGCUAUGGGUCUGACAUCGAAGAAGGCGUCUGCUCGGAGCGUCACGGUGGAGCGGAAGAACCUCAUCACGGUCUGCAGAUUUUCUGUGAAGACUCUUCUAGAAAAGUACACAGCAGAGCCUAUAGAUGAUUCAUCAGAGGAGUUCGUUAACUUUGCUGCUAUUUUAGAGCACAUCCUCAGCCACCGCUUCAAAGGUAACACAGCAGGUUCAGGGAGUUGGUUCAGCUCCGAUGGACAGCGCAGUUUCUGGGAGUACAUCCGGCUGGCGUGCAGCAAGGUGCAGAACAACUGCAUCGCCAGCAUCGAGAACAUCGAGAACAUCAGCACGUCCCGAGCCAAGGGCCGGGCCUGGAUCAGAGUGGCUCUGAUGGAGAAGCGUCUGUCUGAAUAUGUGUCCACUGCUCUGAGAGACACUAGAACAACCAGGAGGUUCUAUGAUGAUGGAGCCAUUAUGCUGAGGGAGGAAGCGACUGUCCUCACUGGCAUGCUGAUUGGACUGAGCGCCAUCGACUUCAGUUUUUGCUUGAAAGGAGAAGCUCUGGAUGGGAAAUGCCCAGCUGUGAUUGAUUACACGCCGUACCUAAAGUUCACUCAGAGCUACGACUACCUGAGCGAUGAGGAGGACCGCCGCAGCGUGGACAGCAGCAACAGCGAGGAGAGCGUCCCCGAGCAUCCCUACAUCCCUCUGGUGACUGACGAGGAAAGCUGGAGCAACAAGUGCCGCAAGAUGGAGCAAAGGUUUAAGAUCGUCUACGCCCAGAAGGGGUAUCUGGAGGAGCUGGUGCGCCUGCGGGAGUCGCAGCUGAAGAACGUGGAGACGGAGAACAAGCGUCUCCGAGCCAAGGUGGAGGAGCUGACACUGCAGGGUCAGCAGGAGAAAAAGGAGCUGGAGGCCAUCGUGUUAGAGCUGCAGGCACAACUCUCCGCCCUCAUGCCUUGUGACUCCUCCCAUCUGGCUAAAGAUCUCGCCAUCCCACUCGUCAACCAGUGGUCCACCAUCACAAACAACCAAGGUGAUGUCAAGCUGUUCCGCAGGAGGAGUUUCCAUAGCCUGGAUCAACUUUCUCCUCAGGUCAGUCUGAACUCCGACUCCCAGAAAACGGAUGGGAGGCAGAACGGAGAUGCUGACUGGACCUCAGCGGGAAAAGACAACACUCCCUCCAUGCUGGGGCUCUGCGGCUCGCUGGCCUCCUUACCGAGCUCCAAGUCUCUGGCGAGCCUGAAGUCCAGCGAGUGUUUGGUGAACAUCAGCACUGAGCCCAGCCCUGCGCUCUCUCCCAGCUAGGAGCCCCCAGAGCAACAACUUAACCGCCCCCUAACCGAUGCUGCGUCGACCAAAACCUGCCACAUUCCCACGUUGAUUAAACAAAAACAGGAACGUUAAGGCAUCACAUCUGGAUUUUUACGCUCCAGGAAGCUGUUUUUUCCCGUAUAUUCUGUUAUUUCAGAUCAAUCCACACAUCUAAAAACCAUGCAACACAUCUGUUUACCUCUUUUUUUUUUUAAAUAUCAAUAGUCUUGCCACAGCUUUGUCUGUGUUUGCCUGUUCUGUUGAAUUAUCAUGUGAAAAGUAUAACCAAAACAGCACAAGAAGGUGAUUUUAAGAGUAACAUUAAGACAUGUGGAUGUCGGAAUACACUCAGCAGUAUUUUCUAAAUAGCAUGACUGAAUGAAACCGGCUGAAAAUCCGCUGACAGUGCAUUAUAUUCUGGUUUUAAUUCUUUAACACCACAAACCUCUCCAGUAUUCAUCGGUUUUAUACAGAUAUAAGCUGCUGCAUAAGAUUCGUUUUGAUUUUGACCCAAAAUCGUUUUGAUUUUGACCAUUUAGUUUUUGGUACAGCAGUAUUUUCUUCUCACUUGUCUACAGUUUGAAUUUUUCUGUUGCAAUAAACUGCCUUUUUCCAUUA